AAAAUAACUUGUAACUGUGAACAAUAAAAAAAUAAAAUAAAUAUUUCAGUAAAAGUGUUAAUACGUCAGAAAAGACAUGUCUAUAAACAAAUAAACUUUUAAAUCUGUGAACAUUUUAAACAGAAACCUUAGUACUUCACAAAUAUCAAUUUAAAUCGGCGGGAAAAUAUAUACAAAAUAAAUAUGGCUGUCAAAUACUAUCUCUGUCUAUUAUUGUAUGCUAUUUCACUAGUUAAUUCCGCAAAAACUAAAAUUCGCUUAACUGGGGGCGAAGGAUCUUAUGAAGGAAACGUUGAAGUGUUUUAUAAAAAUGAGUGGCGUUAUAUAUGUGAUGAUAACUGGGAUAUACGAGACGCAAAAGUUGUUUGCAGGCAACUUGGUUUUGUAAAAGCUCUCGAGAGUACGAAGAAAGCCCAUUUUUUGGUCGAUAAAAAUGUUACAUAUUGGUUGGAUGAUGUUCAAUGUUGGGGAAGUGAGGACGACCUGGGCUACUGCUGGAAUAGGGGAUAUGGUCGACAUAAUUGCAAGCAUUUAAAAGAAGUUGCAGGAGUUGUGUGUUCGAAUAUUACUGAGCAUGAUAUAAAGAUCCCUGUCCCUUCACCUGCUAGCGGUCCUGAGGAAAAAAGCCUAAGCAUACGCUUAAAAGGAAAAUCGCUUCAUGGUUUCACAUCAAGUGGCUAUCUGGAAAUACAAUUAAAUGGUACUUGGGGAGCAAUAUGUGCUGAUGGAUGGUCGCGCGAAAACUCGUAUGUCGCAUGCGGAAAUCUUGGUUAUCACGAUAUUCUUGAUGAUGAUAAUAUACCGAAUGAAACUGGAGAACAGGUGUCAACAUACUUGAUGCACCAGGUGGCGUGUAAUGGUACUGAAUCAACGUUGUAUGAAUGUGAUCACGCUGGAUGGGAAACACAACAAUGUAUUGGUGAAACACCAGUUUAUUUAAGCUGCAAACGUUCACCAUUUCUUCGCGAGAAUAGAUUUGAUAAAGCUUCGCUCGCCAAUCACACAGUUCGAUUACGUGGAGGUUCUCGCCAUUCUGAAGGCCGGGUUGAGGUGAAAAAGAUGGGUAGAUGGGGAUCUAUAUGUGACGAUGGAUGGAACAUCAAAAACGCUAACGUAUUCUGCAGACAAAUGGGAUUUGGAACAGCAUUUGAGGCUACUCAUUACGCUUCCUUUGGGCAAGGCUCCGGAAAGGUUUGGCUGGAUGAAGUAAAUUGCACGGGUGCUGAAGAAGAUAUCCGGAAUUGUUCCCAUUUGAAAUGGGGUGAGGGUGAUUGCGGUCAUCGUGAAGAUGCUGGAGUGAAAUGUCACUUUCCUUAUGGUGAAGUAGAACAACCUAUACGCGUUGUGGAUGGACCAAACAAAAACAUUGGACGAGUGGAAGUGUAUCAUGAUGGAAAGUGGAGCGGAAUAUGUGGAAUAAGAUGGGGAUUAAGAGAGGCUGAAGUGGCUUGCAGACAAGCUGGUCUAGGCUACGCAAGAAAAGGCUACAGCUCUUCAAAAUACGGAUUAACUAGAAGACUUGCAAUGUAUGACGUAAUAUGUUCAGGCGAUGAGUUAUCAUUGUCUCACUGUUUUCAUAAGGGUAUUGGUAAAGCGAGAUGUCGCUAUUAUGAUAUGGCUAUUGUUGAAUGCUCGGACAAAGCUCCAGACCUUGUGAUGGAUUAUCGGUUAGUUAAGAAAUCAAUCAGAGUCGAGUCGAGAGGUCUUUACGAGUUGACAUGUGCUUACGAUGAGAAUUGCCUUUCUAGCACUGCAGCACAUUAUAUCCACUAUCCUAACUUAUUUCAUCGAACCUUGUUAAGGUUCACAUCACGGUUUUGGAAUAGAGGAACAGAUAGUUUUGAACCUGAUGUGAGCAAGGAGAACUGGCAAUGGCAUACCUGUCAUCGACAUUACCAUUCAAUGGAAAGAUUUACAGAUUAUGAUCUAAUAGACCAACAUCACAUCAAACGCGCGGAAGGACACAAAGCAAGCUUCUGUCUAGAAGACAGCAAAUGCGAGAAGGGAGUGAGCAAAUUCUACAAUUGCACGAAUAGAGGAAACCAAGGGAUCAGUGUAGAUUGCGCAGAUAAUUACAAGUUUAACAUUGACUGUCAAUGGAUUGACAUCACGGAUGUGUCUAAUGGGAAAUAUAAAUUAAGAAUAAUCAUCAAUCCUUUGCGAAACGUUGUUGAAAGUGAUUACUCGAAUAAUUAUGUUGCAUGUGACUUGAACAUUAUAAGCCAAUCACAUGUGAACGUUACCGAUUGUUACAUUGAACCAUGCGAGCAAAUGUCUGAAGGUGGCACAGGUGACGGAGCGUGUUGUGUGUUCCCGUUUACGUUUAAAGGAAAACAAUAUCACUCCUGUACAACGAACGGACUACCUGGAGGAAGAACAUUGUGGUGCGCUACGACUAGCAAUUACGAUAAGGAUAAAAAAUGGGGAAUGUGCUAGCUGCAACUAUUACAUUGGGAAAAAAAGGGAAAACUACAUAACGCCCUUUAUCAAAUACACAGAAAAGACAAAAGAUAUAAACUUGAUAUUGUAUAUUUUAUAAAAAAUAAAUCGUUGACAAUAGCGAGAAA